AUGGAUGGACCGGAGCCCGACACGACGCCUUUUGACGCGAUCACCACCCAGAGCAAUAAGCUGAUGAGGCAAUACCAAACCUACCUCGACAAAUCAACCCCCUACACUACCUACCGUUGGACUGCGACCGGCGUAGUCCUCGUGCUCUUCUUUCUUCGGAUCGUCUUCGCGCAAGGCUGGUACAUCGUCGCAUACUGCCUCGGCAUCUACUUGCUGAACCUAUUUCUGGCCUUUCUUCAACCGAAGUUCGAUCCAAGCCUGUCACAAGAUGAAGGUCUCGAGGACGGUGAAGGAUCGGCUUUACCCACCAAGCAGGAUGAUGAAUUCCGACCCUUUAUCAGAAGGUUGCCGGAGUUCAAGUUCUGGCACUCAGCGACCCGAGCCGUGGCCAUCAGCUUCGUCUGCAGUUGGUUCGAGAUCUUUAACUUGCCGGUCUUCUGGCCUGUUUUGGUCAUGUACUGGCUGAUCCUGUUUUCCCUGACAAUGAGACGACAAAUUCAACACAUGAUCAAAUACCGUUAUGUUCCUUUCUCCAUCGGAAAAGCCAAAUACUCUCGCAAAUCAUAA